AUGACUUUUAAUAUCACACUUGAAAGGUCUCAAAGGUCUCCUUCUGAUGAGGAGGAUUCAUCUGGCGUUGUUGUCUCUCCCCCGUCAGCUCCACCGUCUGAGGCGCACCCUGAAGGUCAGCAGGAAUGGCAUGAUCCUUACGACGAGGGGGAAAAACUAGAAUACCCAGAUGAGCUAAGGCUUUCUACAUCGGCCCGGAGGAGAAGGAGUUACGAAAGGGAAAGGUUGGAAAGGUUCAGACGCAGGUCCAGGGCCAGAUCCAGGCCACGAUGGCACUCAGAGUCUGUAUCUAGAUCCAGCCCCAAUUGUCUCAUCAAUUCCGGCGAGAACGAGAGAGACAUCACCUUACAUCUUGACUUGGACGCAGCUCUUGAUAUCAGCAAGGAUCUGGAGCGUUUGGCUCAACUGAAUAGACGUGGACAUUUCAGUCAGGCAAUCGCUCUUUUUCACGAACGCCUUGCAUCUCAUGUUGAUUUCUUCCCCGUUGUCGCAGAGUAUGCAGACCUUCUACUUGAGCAAGGAAGUUUUGGACAGCUUCGCCGGUUCAUAAGCAGCCGUCUGCUUGAUCCUCUUGUGAGGUUUGCCGACGAGGAGGUCCUUCUGCUGAAACUGCUUAAGUCGGUUGCAGAGAUUUAUACCAAUGGAGCAUUGAUUCCUGCAUUGGAGAUGACCCUUGAAGCGCUGAAACAUCUUGAACGUCGAUGCAGAGAACUGCGAAUGUGGUUCAGGCCGCCUACGGGGGUUCAGAUCCAGUUAAUUGAAACCUGUUUACGCGUCAUCACAUAUGCAGCUGCACACUCUAGCUUCUUGGGGAAUGACACUUUCCGAGUUCUGCUGCGCUGGACAUUUUCAAAUGACAGAUUGACUUUAAAACCAAAUGGAUUUACCCCCUUCUACCCGCAGUCUGCGGAUGACAUGGCUCAGGAGGCAGUGCAUAGCGACAACUCGGAGUCUGAUAGAAAGACAUCUCACCGACUGCGGUUGUCGGGCCAACACGAAAAAGCUGCCGCUGACAAUAAAAGCCCACCAGAGGGAAACGUGUCUCAGUCAAACUACCCUCGAAUUGGUGACUGGUAUCGACUCUUGGUCCAGGAAGGGUUUUGGUGGGAAUCGCAUAGAGUGUUGCGGUUCAUGUUACCUCUGCUGGGGGAUGCUCACGGGAAAUACACUGCCAAUGGCAAUUUCGAAGACUUUGCCCAGAUUGACGACUUGCUGCAGGCCACAGCUGUCUUUCUCCGGCGUGAAACGGAGUCCACAGAUGACGAGCAGCUCCUCCUGACAGACUUUGCGAAUGCAUAUCUUCUUUCAGUGUUUUUCACAACUGAUUCCCAUGUCGAGACAGUCCGAACAGUCCGAGCUCAGUCCCUCGACAGCGCUCGUUCCCUAGCGUCGACCAUACUCUCGACGCACCGACAUUUGGUAAACAGUGUGCCAUAUCUGAGGUGGCUGUUACGACAAACACCCGGGGCGGAGACAGGCUACCAAGUCCAAUCGCCGGACUUACAGCAAGGAAGGAUUCCUGAAAAAUGGUUUCAGGGGUCCGUCAGCCAGAUCCGGUCCCCGGAACAACGAAAUCACAACAUUCAUCCGCCUUUGGCCCGAGGAAAAUUGGCAAAGGCAGACAGCGGUGGCCUCUCGCAAAGGAGUCUCGAAAUCGCACUUGAAACCGUGACUGAGAUUGGAGGUUACAGGCUUCGACAAUACGUGCUCGAAAGGAUGUACACAGCCUGCCAGAACUUUGACCAAGCGCUCCGACUAUUGCAUGACCUGGCCCAGCUGUGUAAAGAUACCAUGCAGGAUAUCACGCGAUACGGCGAAUCCUUGGUCGACGAACAUCUACUCCUCGAAUCCGCGAAUCCCUCGAAUAUUGACGAGCUGCGCAUAGAUCUCCACCAUCGUUUCUCUGACCUUAACGGUUCAUUUCCAUCUCAUAUCAAUUAUAAUUCAUCGACGCGGAAGAGACUCGGCCUUGUGUUCUUCGACAUUCCGGCACUGGAAUGGAACAGGAGGAGGGCAUGGUCUGAACUUUUAAGCAGCAUGGGCCGAGGCAUAGAAGCCGAACUGGUGAAUGCGAGACUGUCAUAUAUCUAUUCGCAUCUUCCAAGUGACUCUCCCUCUCUCACAGAUAACUCCCGUUUUUGCUUCGGGUGCCCAUACUGUGGCAACAAGGCAAAGCAAGAGUUACCGCCACCAGCAGACGUUGAAGCUCUUGGAUCGUUGUCUCAUCUGGGACCAAGGCCGAAUCCUUCACGCCUUGCAAUUGCCCGGGAGCGUCAUCGGACUGUUGGUGCGGAAAACGAUGUCGCGGAUCAUGUCGAGGACCGGAUAAUCAGGAGGCGAGCCGCGCGGAAUGCGAACGAAGCAGGCUUUCUGGCCGAACGAACGAACCUAACCAAGGAGAAAGAGCAGUGA